AUGGCAAGAGCGAUCAGCGUGUAUAUAGCUUAUAAAGGGCAGCGAGUUGUAAGUAGGGACAUAUCCGGUGUCGGCGUUGCUAAGUUGUACAAGAGAGAUAGGACUACUAGCAUCCGUCACGGGUGCCGUCCGCCUCCAACUCUGCACGUUCAUUGGCCUUUCGGUCUUGAUCGCCUUAAGCAGAUGGUUCAGGCAGAUGCAGAGUUGCGAUUGAUGGAACUGUUCUUGUUUCACUUCCGGCAAAUUGGAAGCACGCUGGAACAAAAGUUCCUUGGAACCAAGGUGUUUGGCACAAUGGAGCCGGCUAAUCUAGAAGCCAUUCUGUCCACUCAGUCCAAAGACUUUGGGAUUGGCGCACGCCGGGACGUUGCAUUGCCAAUGCUUGGUGAUGGCAUUUUCACCCAAGAGGGUCCUGACUGGAAACACUCCCGGGACCUGUUGCGCCCACAACUGCACCACAAGUAUUACAGCGAUCUUGAGAUGUUCCGUGACUCGGUGGAUGAGUUGGUCCAGGCAGUCAGAGAGUGCGGAGGCACGGUCGACCUUCAGCCCUUAUUCUUCCGUAUGACAUUCGACACCACCACAAGCUUCCUUUUUGGCAAGUGUGAUAGUAGCCUAAGGGGCGCACGCGGGUCCAAAGAGUAUCGCUUUUCGGAUGCAUUUGAUACAGCACAACGGUGGAUUAUCAAGAGGCUAAGGUUCGCUAGGUUUUACUGGCUGAUAGACAGUAAGGAAUUCCGCCAGGCCUGCCAGGACAUUCAUGCUUUUGUAGAUCGUAGCAUCGAUGGCCAUGUGCAGAAGGUAUCGGCCGAAGUUGAAUAUCCGGAAACACACAGUUUCAUGUGCUCUAUCACAAAGACCACAUCCAACCGAACCACUCUUCGAGCCCAGGCAAUCAGCAUUUUAGCGGCGGGAAGAGACACAACAGCCAGUCUUCUCUCUUGGGCAUUCUUCUUGCUCGUUCGCCACCAGCAAGUUAUGGAUAAGUUGCGCACAGAAAUCGCGGCGAUGUGUGUCGCAGGCUCAAACCCUACACGGGAAGAUCUUAGGAAGAUGCCAUACUUAACAAACGUGCUCAAAGAAACGUUGCGACUCUACCCGCCUAUUCCUGUCAAUGUUCGAACAGCUUUAAAGACAACUGUACUUCCCACGGGAGGCGGACCGAAUAGAACCGACCCAGUUCUCGUUCCAGAAGGGAGCAUAGUUGCGUUCAGUGUGUACUCUAUGCAUAGACGACCGGAUCUGUACGGCAUGGAUGCGGAGCUGUUCCGCCCCGAGAGAUGGGACGAAGAUAUGCCUUUGAAGCAUAACCUCAAAAAUCCCAAGUGGGGCUACAUUCCUUUCCAAGGAGGGCCGAGGAGAUGCCCUGGAGCCGACUUUGCGCUCACAGUAGCUAGUUACACCAUUGUGCGCCUCCUCCAGAGAUUUUCAGACAUAAGGCUUCCGCAAGGGGAGCGUCUUGAGCUAGUCGGUGUUGAGAAGCAGCGAUCAAACGUGGUUCUGACGAUAGCAGAGGGCUGCAAGGUCGAGGUGAGCGGUGAUUGA